AGGAAGGGUAUAAAGCCAGUAGGAUUCCAGUUUCACUGCAACAGGAGACAGCAGGUAGGAGAAGACGCCACAGACGCCAUAUACUACUGUAGUGUACCUUUACAAGGAGCCAUGGUGAAGUGUGUAGCCGUAAUUCUGUCAGGGUGUGGAGUCUAUGAUGGGACUGAGGUCCACGAGGCGUCAGCUGUACUGGUCCACCUCAGCAGGGCUGGAGCUAAGGUCCAGAUGUUUGCCCCCAACGUGGACCAAAUGCAUGUAGUGAACCACUGUGAGGGGAAACCCACGGCUGAGACACGCAACGUCCUAGAGGAGAGUGCUCGAAUCGCCCGCGGCGAUGUGUCUGACCUUGCCAAGCUAGAGAUCACCGCCUUCCACGCCCUCGUUAUCCCAGGUGGUUUUGGCGUGGCUAAAAAUCUGUCUGACUGGGCUGUGAAGGGGAAGGAGUUCACGGUUCAACCCCAAGUAGAGAAGCUGAUUAAGGGGUUCCACGCUGCAGGCAAGCCCCUGGCUAUGUGCUGCAUCUCCCCUGUCCUAGCUGCUAAGGUCCUGCCGGGGUGUGAGAUCACCGUGGGACAGGACAAGGAGUGUGAGAGAUGGCCCCAUGCCCAGACGGCAACUUCCAUGAAGGAGCUGGGCUGUAAACAUGUGAAUAAGAAAGUGGGGGAGGUCCACAUCGAUGUGAAGAACAAGCUGGUCACCUCCUCCGCCUUCAUGUGUAACGCUCCCAUACAUGAGGUGUUUGACGGGGUGGGCGUCAUGGUUACAGAACUGCUCAAACUGGCCUAGGACACGUCUGAGAUUCAGAAUACUGAUUAGCUGUGCUUCUCAAAAGGCACCCUGUUCCCUUUAUAGUGCUGAUGUGAUCUUCUCAAAAGACACCCUGUUCCCUUUAUAGUGCUGAAGUGAUCUUCUCAAAAGACACCCUGUUCCCUUUAUAGUGCUGAUGUGAGCUUCUCAAAAGACACCCUGUUCCCUUUAUAGUGCUGAUGUGAUCUUCUCAAAAGACACCCUGUUCCCUUUAUAGUGCUGAUGUGAUCUUCUCAAAAGACACCCUGUUCCCUAUAUAGUGCUGAUGUGAUCUUCUCAAAAGGCACCCUGUUCCCUUUAUAGUGCUGAUGUGAUCUUCUCAAAAGACACCCUGUUCCCUUUAUAGUGCUGAUGUGAUCUUCUCAAAAGGCACCCUGUUCCCUUUAUAGUGCUGAUGUGAUCUUCUCAAAAGGCACCCUGUUCCCUUUAUAGUGCUGAUGUGAUCUUCUCAAAAGACACCCUGUUCCCUUUAUAGUGCUGAUGUGAUCUUCCCAAAAGACGGGAAUCGGGAGCCAUUUGGGAAGUGACCUCACAAUCAUGUUUGUUGUUGUUGUUGUUGUUGUUUGUUUACCUGGAGACCCUCCUGAUCUGAAUGUAAUGGACACACAGAAGAAGCAGAAGAAGAUAGUGUUUCUGUUGCUUUAUCUGUCUGACAGUGGGAUGACUUGUGUUUUUAUCAACAUCGUAAUAAAAGUACAACCAAAUUCUGGAA